UCAUAACAACUUCCUAACCUAAAAAUAUGUUUAAAACUCGAAGUUUUGCAAAUUUUUGUUCUAAUUAUCGAAAAUUAACAUCACAAUGGACUUGUUUGGCGUGCGUAAGAGCAAAAGGUUCAGUCGAGCCCAAGACGAAAACUUACUCUCACACAAUUUUGUUCCCCAAAACCGAUUUUCCGGCACGAUCGAACAAUAAAACUAAGGAAGAAAUUCAAAAGACAGCACAAUUUUCACAACUCUACAACUGGCAGCGAGAGCAUCUUUCGGGUCCCGAGUUUGUGUUGCAUGAUGGACCACCUUAUGCUAAUGGAGAUUUACACAUGGGCCAUGCUGUGAAUAAGAUAAUAAAAGACAUAAACAACAGGAGCCAAAUCUUACAAGGCAACAAAGUCCACUACAUUCCUGGUUGGGACUGCCAUGGCCUGCCCAUAGAGUUCAAAGCACUACAAAGUAAAACAAAGAAAAAUGAACCGUCUGACCCAGUGCAAACGAGGAAAAUUGCUAGAUCAUUUGCUUUGGAAACUGUUGAACGGCAGAAAGAUGCGUUUAGAAGUUGGGGAGUUAUGGCCGAUUGGGAUGAUCAAUGUUAUCUGACCCUCAACAAGAAGUAUGUACAGAAUCAGUUGCGACAGUUCUAUAAGAUGUACAAAUCUGGGUUGAUAUACCGCGCGCUGAAGCCUGUGUAUUGGUCACCAUCUUCUAAAACAGCAUUAGCAGAAGCAGAGUUGGAAUAUGAUCCACAGUUCAAAAGCAAAGAGGUGUAUGUGAAGAUGCCGAUGACUAAAAUACCAGAGCCAGCGAAGCAUUUGAGUGAAAAGAUGUCAGCAAUAAUAUGGACGACAACUCCUUGGACCCUGGUGGCAAACAAAGCAAUCGCAUAUAGUGCCCACAUGAUGUAUGCGGUGGUGACCCUCAGUAGCAGGCCAGGUGAAUUGUUCCUGAUCGCUAAAGACCAGAUUGAAGAACUGGAGAAAGUUUUGGGCGCUGAUAUCACCAUAUUGGUUGACUUUGAAGGUCGACAUCUUCAAGGUUGCUCCUACACGAACAAUCUGUCUACGGAUGCUCUACCGUUUUUGGAAGCAGACCAUGUUACGAAAGGAAAAGGCACUGGACUCGUUCACACUGCGCCCGCGCAUGGUCCCGACGAUUUCCUCGUUGCUUUGAAGAACAAUAUGACUGUGGAAUGCAACGUGGACGAACUCGGCCAAUACACAAACCUUGGUCCCAAACUCGACGGUCUCCAAGUCCUAGCUGAAGGACAGGAUGCCGUCAUAAAGAUGCUGGAACAUUCCAUCCUUCAAACGGGAACUUAUACACAUUCCUACCCGUUGGACUGGAGGACGAAGAAACCCGUCAUUGUCAGAGCGAGUGAUCAGUGGUUCAUCGAUACAUCAGCUUUGAAGGAGAAAGCUUUGGCAGCGUUGGAAAAAGUCACAAUUCUUCCACCGACAACAGCAGAUCAGUCACGUCAAGGUUUCAGGGCGCAGUUGGAAAAGCGACCCUAUUGGUGUAUAUCAAGACAACGAGCUUGGGGAGUACCCAUACCUGUUUUGUAUAGGGGUAGUGACGUCAUUUUGAAUGAGGAAAUCCUAGAAAAAUUGUGCUCUUUAGUUGACAAACACGACGCAGACAUUUGGUGGACGUGUGAUGUCCAAGACUUGAUUCCGAAGGAUGUUGCAGAUAAAUACGACUUGAACAUUGAAGAAAUUAGUAAAGGCAAGGAUAUAAUGGACAUCUGGCUAGAUUCAGGCCUGUCUUGGCAGAUGUUAGAGGGGAAGAAAGCUAGACUGUAUUCUGAGGGAGUUGAUCAAUUGACAGGAUGGUUCCAGGCGUCCCUGCUGACGUCUCUGGCUCUGAAGAACGAAGCUCCAUAUGAGUCAAUAUUCGUGCACGGUUUUGUAGUAGAUGAGAAGAAACGUAAGAUGUCAAAAUCUAUUGGCAAUGUUAUAGAUCCCAAAACCAUAAUACACGGAGACAAGAAAAAUCAAGGUUAUGGGGUUGAUACACUCAGAUGGUGGGUCGCCAGUCACGCUACUCAACAUUCUCAAAUAGUGAUCAGCAAGAAACUUCUAGAAGACUGCCAGAAUGAGGUCAUCAGACUUCGCAACAUUAUAAAAUACCUUCUGGGCGUUAUUAGUGAUUUAGAAAAACCUGUUUUUACUCACAAUCCCGAUUUAAAUUACUUCGAUCAAUAUAUGGUUGAAGAAAGUCAUCAAUUCGAGAAACAAAUAAUCGAUUAUUACAAUAACUUUAGAUAUAAUCAAGUAGCACAAAGUAUUUUAUUUUUUAUUAGUAAUAAAGUAUCAGGCCUGUAUUGUCAUUGUAUAAAAGACAGGUUAUAUUGUUCGAAAAAGAAUUCAAACGAAAGGCUAUCAGCUCAACUUGUACUGCAUACGAUUUUAGUCUCUAUUUGUAAGUCUUUAGGACCCGUUUUGCCUCAUUUGAUCGAAGAAGCGUGGCAGCACCAUCCUUUAUGCGAACAGCCUUUUUAUUUUACCAAAGAAAUACCAGUUUUAGCGCCAAAUAAUAUAGACAUUUCAGUUAUGGACGCCAUAUUGGAUAUCAAAAGAGGCGUGUGUGCAACAGCGAAGAACGAAAACUUAAAGAAAUUUAAAUUGAUUUUGAGGGUAGAUUCUAAUUUGUAUGAAGAAUUAAAUAAAUUGAACGUGAACGACGGAGUGAAUGAUAGCGUUUUGUGUGAAGUUUUAGAACUGUCAGAUGUCAGUUUGGAGGUUAGUGACAGCGGGAAACGAGAAAUCAUGCUGUCACAGACUAAAAGAGGCCAAUGUAUGAGAUGUAGGAAAUAUAAUGCCAUAGAUAAUAGUGAUAAAUGUUUAAGGUGCGAAAGAGUCUUGGUGUAGUUCUAAGAUGUAUUUCUGUAGAUAAUAAUUCUAUUUAUUGUAUCGCUGGAACUAUGUUAUAUUUAUUUGUAUAGCCAAACAAUUGAUUGCUAUUAAACGUUAAACUAUA